AUGCUGGUGGGAGUGCGGGAGUAUCGACGGGAGGAGGUUCAGCGCAUAUGUGGGGCACCGGCGGAGGCACUUGUCUCGUACUACACGCUUCUCCGCAACAAAAAUGAGGCGGUCAUGGCGGAUGUCACGGACGUCCGGGCGAGAAGACAUAUGAAUUUUGACUACUACGCGUCAAACACCGGUGACCUCUUUGCGGAGGCGGUGAGGCCCAUCAUGCGUGCUGUCUUGCCCCCCAUUUCUUCUCCACAAGUGGUGGUUGUGGUGGACGGGACGGAGACGACGCGCUUCAAUGCGUUGCUUGAGCCGGAGGAGGGGAUGCUGACACUCUGCUGGCGGGUGGUGACGAAGACGGCGGAGUUUGCAAACCUGGUCGAGGCGGUCCACCUCGCCGUGGUGGAACUAGACGACAGCAAUCAUCUGAGGGACCUGACGCCCGCCGUUGCCCUGGGGACGGCGCCGACAAUCAUAGAGGACGCGGACGAACACUUCACCUCUGUGGAGGACGCGUGCUACGUGGAGCUUCGGACGGAGGCUGAUGUUAGGGGGCUGCUGCAGCACGCAUGCCGGGUCAUAGUGCCGGAACGGCAUCAAGUUUUUAGUUUUAUUCUCACUUACAAGGAGGCAUUAGGGCUACCAAACUCCACUAUUCAGUUCCUCGCGCUGUCCGUGUCUGAAAUGACACGCGGAAUGCAGUCGACGCGGCACUGCAUCGCCACAACAGCGUCACUUAUAGAGAGCAGGUCCCCGUCUGUGACGUUUCCGGGAACAAAAUUUUCCUUUCUACUUAAACCAGCCCUUUUUGGGCAACAACCGGGUUUGUGGAUUUCUUGCUUUGCUCCAACUAGUGUCUCAUCGUUUCAACGGCGGGAGACGUUUAAGGAGGCCUUUUGCAUCGCACACACAUUGUCCCGUGUGUACAGCUCACGUGUUGGUCUGGGCAUCAGUGAGGCCUGGCAGCGCGUCGGCGAUCGAGAAGGACAAUAUGCGGAUGAAAUCCAUGACGAGCAGGUAGAGAUACAACCGCGUGUGGAGGUUCCCCAGCCAAGUUCGUUGGGCUGGUUAGAAAAACCGAUGGGAUACUCGAAAAAAACUUUUACAUCAAUACCGCAUCAGACUAGAUCGGGAUCAUUGAUAUCCUCGCCAUCCGCGUCAUCGUUUACACCAAAUGUACCCCAACACCAACACAAGCACCAUGAAAACGGUUUGCCCGGUCGAAUUGCCGACGACCAGAUGUCCCCGGUGGUGGCGGCGCGGGAUAUGCCGAUGGGCCUUCUUGUCACACCCUCAGAACAGAGGACUAAACCACUAGACGACAAGAAAACACAAUCGGAAAAACACAGUGAACCCCCAAACAGUGGUAGGCGCUCAUUGGGCCGUUCAUUGCACGACCGAUGCAGUUCAGUGGAGAAGCAUCCGUAUAAUUGUAGUGCACGGUAUGAAUUUGAGACAUACAAGCGCGUAAUGGAGCCGGCAAUGAAGCAGUUGCGCAAGGAUAUUCAGCACUAUGUGACUUUGCUUGAGGAUGCGAGGCGGCACAUUUGGCAAUUAAGACGUGCCAACAGAGAAGGCGGGGGGGUGGAGCAGUUAAGAGUCUCCCUCUUAGCAGCGGAGCGGGAGCGCAAGGUAGCGGAGGCAGACUUUGCCAAACGUGAAGAGAGGUUUCAAGAAAGAGUGAGUGAACUUGAAGCUCAGUGUGAGGACCUCUCCAAGGAAUUACAACAACGGGCAAUGUAUGCAGUCUCCGAGCGAGUAAAAUUACAGCAAGCGAGCGUUGCCACUCAGACACCCAACUCAUUGCCUUGGUCCCACUUAUCGUCGUCGUUACCGCCGUCUGCGUCGGUAACAGCGACGACGGCGGCGUUGCCAGUGGAGGAGGGGUUAGUUGUCUCCCAGACCUUACAAAAGGACUCUUCAGGGAAUGAUGUACAGCGUGCAGCUCAGUGGCUUGAACUGGUCAGUUAUCAUCAGCGGGAAUUGGAGGACCAUGCGGAGCGUGAACGUUCUUAUCGUAACCGCAUCCUGCAUUUGGAGCAGACGCUUACCGAACGUGCGUCUGAGGCGGAAGAGGCGAAGGCGGAGUUGAUGCGACGGGAGCACGAAGUCUCUCUAGAGGCAGUGAGGGGCCAACAAAGAGAACAAGAGCGGAAGAUGGAGCGAAACUAUUUGGAGGAUGUAGAAUGCCUACGUGCGGAGGUGGUUGAAGCCAAUAAGACAAGUUCAAAGGCGGAACACCAUCUUGAAAAGUGCCUUAUUGAGUUGGAGCAGGAGCGGAAACAACGAGAGGCAUCCGACGCAGAGCUACGACGUCUCCAGGAGAAAUUUGCUCAAGGUGUGGAGAGUGGGGCGGCGAAGGAGAUGGUACAGAUGUUAAAGGAUAGCUAUGAUCGCCAUGUUCAACAUCUCCAACAGGAGAUAGAGGAGCUGCGGGCGUUAACCCGUCACGCGGUUUCAAAUGAAAAGACUCCUCUAGAAAAGGCCUCGGCAGCAUCUACACCUUUGCAACAGGCACACGGACGUUUAGCUGGAGGUUUGGUUUCUCCCGCAAUUGAAGCGGUACAGGAGAAGUCUAUGUUUUCUUCUAGGCAUUCGCUGUAUGAUAAAACCCAUACCACCAACGGUGGGUCUCCCACCCGAUUCCAAUCCAUCCCCAUCCGAACUGAAAUAAGGCGAUUUGAGGACUUUAUGAAGGAGGAACCGUCAUACACCUUUCGUUCAACAAAGGUACUUGACCGCACCAAGGCUCUAUAA